AUGCGCAAUCAAUGCGCCAGUAGAACAAUGGCGCCCCGGUGGUGGCUACUGAUUCUCUGCCUCGCCGGCAACGAACUCCAUGGUCGCGCACAGCUUGACAGCAGGGGUUUCAUCAACAUAGACUGUGGGCUACAGGGAGAGGAGAGCUACGUCAACGACGAGACAAAGUUGGUGUACGUCUCAGACGCUGGCUUCACCAACAGUGGCACGCCUUACAACAUCUCGGCUGAGAACUACCGGCCGUGGCGCUCCAGGAACGUCCGCAGCCUGCGUAGUUUCCCCGAUGGCGUUCGCAACUGCUACACUUUAGGAUCCCUGGUGUCGGGCCUCAAGUACCUCUUCCGCGCCACGUUUCUCUAUGGCAACUACGACGGCCUUAACAAGCGACCAGCGACGUUCGACCUCUACAUCGGCGUCAACUUCUGGAUGGUGGUGAACAUGUCGUGGUGGGGGUUGGACCAGGACAACACGGCGACGGUGGAGGCGAUCAUAGUUGUUCCACGCGACUUGGUGCAGGUGUGCCUGGUGAACACCGGCGGCGGGACGCCCUUCAUCUCUGGGCUGGAGCUGAGGCCGCUGAAGAUGUCGCUCUACCCACAGGUAACGGCGGAGGUGAGGUUGUUCCUGCUGCGCAGGCGAAAUUUCGCCGCGAUAAACGGAACUAUCAUCAGGUUCCCCGAUAAUCCAUACGACAGGCUAUGGUACCCUAGGUCCGACGCCACGAUGUGGGCAGAGAUGACUACGACCGAGAGGGUGGACGAUGUCAAUGGCGACGAGUUCGAGGCGCCCAUGGCGGUGCUGCAGACGGUGAUCAAGCUGCUGAACACCUCCGGUAGCAUCAAGUUUGGCUGGGAGGUGGCGCCCGAGCUCAACAAUGUGUCGCCGGGGCCGGGGUACCUCGCCGUCUUGCACUUCGUUGAACUGGAGCUCCUCGGCGGGGAUGCCUUGCGCCAGUUCAACAUCAGUGUCAACCACGACGAAAGCUGGGUCCCGGGCUACACGCCGCUAGGCUUUCUCCGCAAAGCCUAUGUCUACAACAAAUUCACCAACCCGCGCGACAGCAGCUACAUCGUCACCAUCAAGGCCACAGCCAAUUCCAUGCUGCCGCCCAUCAUCAACGCCUACGAGUUGUUCUCCGUCAUCGCAACCACCAACGUUGGAAUAGAAUCCCAGGAUGGUAAUCAAUUUAAUUAA